AGGGCCGGGCCCGGGACGGGGCAGACCACCAGCCCGGGGGCCGCCGCGGCCCUGAGCCAGAGCCGGAGCCGGAGCCGCGCCGAGCGGCGCCUCCGCCGGGGCCCAACAUGGCGGAGCGAGAGACGGAGGAGCCCGGCCCCCGAAAGAGGGUAGGUGAGGUUGAACAGAAGGCUGGUGCAGUUUUUGAUGAAAUUGCAGAUAAAUGUGGUGUUAUCAUGGAUACAGAAAUGACUGAAGACAUGGACCACAACUUAACUCCUCCUCUUGAAAGCAUGUCUUACGGAAUGCCGAAUCAAACAGGAUCUGAAAAUUCAUUGCUUGAUGAAGAUGAUUAUUUUUUGAACUCUGGGGAUCUUGCAGGGAUUCCAGUUGUUGGUAGUGACAAUGAGGAUGAACGAGAUUUUAGUACGAAGGACAAUCUCACAUCUGCAGUUCAUGCUCCUGAUAGUUUGGAAGUAGAUCGAAGAGUAACACAGCAUGAAUCAGACAGUGAAAAAGAAAUACAUAUUCAAAAUAAAGUUAAAAAGGACUUUCCCAAGCAGUUUGAUCAGGGUUCUGUAUUUAAAUCCAUUCGGAAAGAUUUUAGUCUAGCAAGAGAAAACAACAAAGAGACAUUUUCUGGAAAGGAGAAAAAUAGAGACGUACCAUAUCAAGAACGUGAAAAACGGUUGGAUAAACCCCAUAAAGAGGUGGAUUCCAGGUUGAAAAGCAGUUUUUUUGAUAAAGCAGUAGCUAAUCAAGUUGAGGAAACAUUACAUACCCAAUUACCACAAACCCCAGAAACAAACUUCAGGGAGUCAAGCUAUCCAUUCCCCAGUAAAGAAUCUAUUGGUCCAGAAUUGGGGAAUUCCUUUGCACCAAAUAUUAGAAUUAAAGAAGAACCUUUGGAUGAUGAAUAUGACAAAGCAAUGGCCCCACAACCAGGACUUCUGGACAAAAUUAAAGAUGAGCCUGACACUGCUCAAGAAUAUGGUCAUGGCCAACAGGGAAAAACUCCAGAAGGAGAACUGAAAAUUAGUGCUGUUUUUUCAGUCAGUGGCAGUCCCCUUGCUCCACAAUUGACAACAGGCUUUCAGCCUUCUCUGGCAUCCUCUGGCAUGAACAAAAUGCUUCCCUCAGUUCCAUCCACAGCUGUUCGGGUUUCCUGUUCUGGUUGUAAAAAAAUCCUGCAGAAAGGGCAAACGGCCUAUCAGAGAAAAGGGUCUACUCAGCUCUUCUGUUCCACACUGUGCCUCACUGGAUACACCGUUCCAUCUGCCCGCCCACCAGCCCCUACCAAGAAAACCUGUUCAAGCUGCUCAAAAGAUAUUUUAAAUCCAAAGGAUGUGAUCACUGCCCAGUUUGACAAUACAAGCUCUAGCAAAGAUUUUUGCAGCCAAUCAUGUCUAUCUACGUAUGAAUUAAAAAGAAAACCUAUUGUUACCAUACAUACUAAUAGCAUUUCAACCAAGUGCAGCAUGUGCCAGAAGAAUGCAGUUAUUCGGCAUGAAGUUAAUUACCAAAAUGUAGUCCAUAAACUUUGUAGCGAUGCUUGCUUCUCCAAGUUCCGCUCUGCAAACAACCUCACGAUGAACUGCUGUGAGAACUGUGGGGGUUACUGUUACAGCGGCUCAGGCCAGUGCCACCUACUCCAGAUCGAGGGCCAGUCCAAGAAAUUCUGCAGCUCAACAUGUGUCACUGCCUACAAGCAGAAAUCGGCAAAAAUCACUCUCUGUGCUCUUUGCAAAUCAUUGAGGUCCUCAGCUGAAAUGAUUGAAAACACCAAUAACUUGGGGAAAACGGAGCUUUUCUGCUCUGUUAACUGCUUAUCUGCUUACAGAGUUAAAAUGGUUACUUCUGCAGGAGUACAAGUCCAGUGUAACAGUUGUAAAACCUCAGCCAUCCCUCAGUAUCACCUGGCUAUGUCUGAUGGAAGUAUACGCAACUUCUGCAGCUACAGUUGUGUUGUAGCUUUCCAGAAUUUGUUCAACAAGCCAACAGGCAUGAACUCUUCAGUAGUGCCCCUGUCUCAGGGUCAAGUCAUCGUCAGCAUUCCCACAGGGACAACAGUAUCAGCAGGGGGAGGAAGCACCUCAGCUGUUUCCCCCAGCUCCAUCAGUAGCUCCGCUGCAGCUGGUCUCCAGCGGCUUGCUGCACAAUCCCAGCAGGUCACUUUUGCCCGUACUGUUGUGAAACUCAAGUGCCAGCACUGUAAUCGACUCUUUGCCACAAAACCUGAACUUCUUGAUUACAAGAGUAAAAUGUUUCAGUUUUGUGGCAAGACUUGCUGUGAUGAAUAUAAGAAGAUAAAUAGUGUAAUGGCCAUGUGUGAAUACUGUAAAAUUGAGAAAAUUAUAAAGGAGACUGUGCGAUUCUCAGGCAUCGAUAAGCCAUUCUGCAGUGAAGGUUGCAAAUUGCUUUAUAAACAUGACUUGGCAAAACGCUGGGGAAGCCACUGUAAAAUGUGCAGUUACUGUUUACAAACAUCUCCCAAAUUGGUACAGAAUCAUUUUGGGGGGAAGAUGGAAGAGUUCUGCUGUGAGGAAUGCAUGUCCAAGUUUACAGUUUUGUUUUAUCAGAUGGCCAAGUGUGAUGGUUGUAAGCGACAGGGUAAACUCAGUGAGUCCAUGAAAUGGCGAGGGGAGGUUAAACAUUUUUGUAACCUGCUUUGUAUAUUGAUGUUCUGUAAUCAGCACAGUAUAUGUGACCCACCUACUCUUCAAAAUAGUUCAGUAAAUGUUUCCAUGAUGUCAAGUGCUUCAGUUGCACCUCCUUCUCUAAGAAAAGAUUCAACUCCAGUUAUAGCCAAUGUAGUAUCUUUGGCAAGUACUCCUGCUGCCCAGCCCACGGUGAACUCUAACAAUGUCUUGCAAGGUGCUGUUCCUACUGUGACAGCAAAGAUCAUUGGAGAUGCAAGUACUCAAACAGAUGCCCUGAAACUUCCAUCUACACAGCCUCCUCGGCUUUUAAAGAACAAAGCUUUAUUGUGCAAACCCAUCACACAGACCAAGGCUACUUCUUGCAAACCACAUACGCAAAACAAAGAAAGUCAAACAGAAGAUAUCCCAAGUCCACCCCCAGUCGUCAUGGUGCCAGUUCCUGUACCAGUGUUUGUGCCUGUACCACUGCAUCUUUAUACACAAUAUGCACCAGUCCCAUUUGGACUUCCAAUACCAAUGCCGGUCCCCAUGCUUAUUCCUACAACAGUGGACAAUGCAAAUAAGGUCAACGAAACCAUCCAAGACAUUAAGGAAAAUAUGUCUCCUCAUCCAUUUGAGGCUGACCUUCUUCAGAUGGCAGAAAUAAUUGCGGAAGAUGAAGAGAAAGAAAAAACACUAUCUCAUGGAGGGUCUCAAACAUCUGAGCAUGAGCUCUUUCUUGACACCAAGAUAUUUGAGAAAGAUCAAGGAAGCACAUAUAGUGGUGAUCUUGAAUCAGAAGCAGUGUCUACCCCACAUAGUUGGGAGGAAGAACUUAAUCAUUAUGCCUUAAGGUCAAAUACCACACAGGAGUUGGAUCUAGAACCGAAGCAGUCACCAAAAGUGGAUACAGAACAAGAUCUAGAGGCAGAUUUUCCAUCAGAAACCUUUGAUCCCCUCAGUAAGGGAAUGGGAAUUCAGUCUCGCUCACGACCAAGACGACGACACAGAGAUGGCUUUCCACAACCCAAACGAAGAGGAAGGAAGAAGUCUAUAGUAGCUGCAGAGCCCAAGAAUUUUGUUCAAGGAGCAAUUCAAGGUGGUUCAGUACCCCCAAUGACACUGAAAUACAUGUAUGGAGUAAAUGCCUGGAAGAAUUGGGUUAAGUGGAAAAAUGCCAAGGAAGAACAGGGGGAGCAGAAAUUUGGAGGUGUUGAACCUGUUCCAUGCUCUGAUUCUUUGGGAAGUGCCCCAGAUCAUUCACUCUCUCAAGAAACCUCUGAGCCCAGCUGCAGAGUCCGCCCUAUAAAGCUAAAGGAAGAAAUUUUGUCCUGUACUUUUGCUGAAUUGAGUUUGGGCUUAUGCCAGUUUAUCCAAGAGGUGCGGAGACCAAAUGGUGAAAAAUAUGAUCCAGACAGCAUCUUAUACUUGUGCCUUGGAAUUCAACAGUACCUGUUUGAGAAUGGGAGAAUAGAUAACAUUUUUACUGAACCUUAUUCCAGAUUUAUGAUUGAACUUACAAAACUUUUGAAAAUAUGGGAACCUACAAUACUUCCUAAUGGGUACAUGUUUUCUCGGAUUGAAGAAGAGCAUUUAUGGGAGUGCAAACAGCUGGGUGCUUACUCACCAAUAGUUCUCUUGAAUACACUUCUUUUCUUCAAUACUAAAUAUUUUCAACUAAAGAAUGUCUCAGAGCACCUGAAGCUUUCCUUUGCCCAUGUGAUGAGGCGGACCAGGACUUUGAAAUCUAAUGCCAAGAUAACAUAUUUGAAAGUUUUCCCUCCUUUUCAGAAGCAGGAGGUAGAAUCAGUCUUUUUUAUCCCACCAUCUCUAGAUAAACUGACUGUGGGAAAGAGAAAACGUAAUGAGGAUGAAGAGGUUUCAGCUGCUGUGGAAAUGGUUGAAAAUGCAGACAACCCACUAAGAUGCCCAGUCCGUCUUUAUGAAUUUUACCUGUCAAAAUGUUCUGAAAGCGUGAAGCAGAGAAGUGAUGUAUUUUAUCUUCAGCCUGAGCGCUCCUGUGUACCCAAUAGCCCCAUGUGGUAUUCCACAUUCCCAAUAGACCCUGGGACCUUGGACACCAUGUUAACACGUAUUCUCAUGGUGAGGGAAGUACAUGAAGAACUUGCCAAAGUCAAAUCCGAAGACUCUGAUGUUGAGUUAUCAGAUUAAAACUGAAGUGGGAUUUUAUUUUCAUACACAUUUGUAAGCACCAAACUGUGAAUGCAUCCAGCCUUCAGAAAACGGUGUGUAUCAGAUAAGCCAAGUCCUCUUGACUUGGUUAUAAAAUAAAGGAAAAAGGCAUCUUGUGAACCACGGGGGAUGUACAAACUGGAAUCGAAGGAAGCAAGCUGAAAGAGAUGACAUCCUUUGGCGUUGAUAGAGUUCUUAAACAACUAAAGAAUGAACUAACCUACUUCUGAGUGGUGCAUUAUCUUAUUUUGUUUGGGAAUAACAAAUUGUGAAAUAUUUUUAAGGAAAAUGUUGUAUAAAACUCUACCAUAGUAAACAUAUACCUUAGAGAGGUAGGUCACGUUACUGUGACUUUGGCGUGAAAUUUUGGCUGCUGUUGACUACUAUAGGGCAAGCCCUGCAUUAGUCAGGGAAGAAACCCAUAGAAAUUUCAUGACAGAUACUAAAUGAGGUAUGUGGGGCCCAGAUUCAAGGACCUUAAACACCUAGCUUCUUUUUUUCCAAGGAGUAGAGGAUAAAGGUGGUCUUGUUUUUGUUUGCCACGCUCAUUUAAGUUGGUGAAGGAUGCCAGUCUUCAGUGCUUCUGCUGCGGUCCCUCAUGUAGGCAGGAAAUGCCUUCACUGCUGUUGUCAUAGUGAUAUCCCUCUUUGUUUCCCGAAUCUGUCACAGCUAUGGGUAUAGGCCAUGGCUGAAGUGAGGGAGCUCUGGUUGUAGACAGUGGGAAUCUGUGGAGCACAUGUUAAAACCCGAGGAUCUUGGAAUGUUUAGAAAAAUCCACUAAAUACCCUUCUGAGGGUUCUGCUGCCCUUUAUAAUCUGAUACCACUAUCUCCUAAGUACUGUGGUACACAGAAAAUAGAGGUCCCCCAUUUCGUUGUUGUUGUUUUUUUUUUUUUUGGUUUUUUUUUUUCAAAAUGGCAGCUUCUCUUUCCACUUCUUUCCCGUCCCAAUUCCCAGUUCUUUCUUUUGGCUUGUCUUCUGUGCCAGGUUCCAGAGGCCCUUGUCAUUUCAAAACAAAUGGUCCCUUUUUCUUCCCUCCUUUUGGCAAACUCAUGUGUGAUUAAAUAAAGACACAGUAUUACUCAGGCUAUGAGAACCAAGGUAGAAAAGUACCUAGUAUGUUUCCAGCUAAAGCGUUUAGAAGAACUUGUAGCUACUAUAUUCCUAAAAGUGAGACUUUCUAGGGAGUAAAAAAGCAUUCUGUUUUAGGUGUCCACAUCCAGGUCCUAGCUCAGCAGUGUUUCAGAUGCUAGCUACUCAGUAAUCUUAGAGUUGUAAGUCAUGGGAGCAUUGGGUAUAUGAAUUUCUCUCUCUUAGAAAAGAUUUAGCUAAAGGUUGUUAUGAUGGCCACUCACCUUCUUUAAGAUUGAAUUGGGCCCUAUGAUAGAAAUGUCAGAGCCUCUCAGAAAUUUUAACAGCCUUGAAAAGAAUUUUCAAGAUUUCCCCUUUUUGAAAGGUGGGAGGGGGUGGGUGGGAACAGAAGGUCCGUGCUUUUUUUUUUGUUUGUUUUAAAACAGUAACUAAAGGUCAUUUAACUACAAUAAAAAUCAGAAAGUAGCCUUUUGACAUUGUGUACCUAGUCGUUUUGUCCCUCUUGCCUGUAACAGAUUUCACGGAUGUAUUUUUAAUACCAAGAACUGUGUGAAAAAAGUAAAUCUGCCCCAAUUCUGUAUGAUCACAUCCAUCUGUGUUUGUCAUUUCUGACUAUAGAACUUGCCUAUUUCAAGUGCUUGUUUGAAGUGGAGGGAUAAAAAUCUGACUGUCAGAUAUUACCUAAUAAAGCAUCUAAAUCUUUCCUGGCAUAAUGGUCCCCAUGCUAAGAACAUGACAGUGUGUGGAGAAACACUGAGACACUUGCCCUUCUACCUGUAGUGGUGUAAAAAAUACGCAUAGAGAAUGUAGUGGAUGAAUUGUUAUAAAGUAACCAGAAACAAACAAAAUCUAUAUCUUUUAACUUGAGAACUACCAUUACCUGGAUAAUGUAUGAUUGAUUGUAUGAGAUCCCAGGAUUUCAGGUUCAUGUAAGUCUGCAAAGUGGCCCAGAACCCUGAUCUAAUGCCUAGGAGAAAAUAUUGAUAAUUAAUUCUUGAUCAUUACUCAUAAGUAUAGCCGUUAACGUUUGUGUGCCUAGUUGUUUGGGUUUUUGUUUUUUAUUUCAUUAAAAUUAUGUGAAAUGGGCUCUUUUCCCCCCAGGGAGAAAAGAGAAACACCUAGUCACUCAUUUAAAAAGCAAAACAAAAAAAAACUUCUGGGUUUUCCCUUGACAAAAGCCACAGAAAUAUUCCCCUAGAAUAAAAUAGUAUAUUUGUA